GGAAGCGCCUAAUAGGAACCAAGAUGGCGGAUGUGGAGUCGCCUCAGAAGUUGUCGGGAGCGCCUCCGCCACCUGAGGGGGUGGGGGGAGGCCACUGCUCCGAAAUCUCCACCGAGCUCAUUCGCUCUCUGACAGAGCUGCAGGAGCUGGAAGCGGUGUACGAACGUCUGUGCGGCGAGGAGAAAGUGGUAGAGAAAGAGCUGGAUGCUCUUUUGGAACAACAAAACACCAUUGAAAGUAAAAUGGUCACUCUCCACAGGAUGGGUCCCAACCUACAGUUGAUUGAGGGAGAUGCGAAGCAGCUGGCCGGAAUGAUCACCUUCACCUGCAACCUAGCUGAAAAUGUGUCCAGCAAAGUCCGGCAGCUUGACCUGGCCAAGAACCGCCUCUACCAGGCCAUUCAGAGAGCUGAUGACAUCUUGGACCUGAAGUUCUGCAUGGAUGGAGUUCAGACUGCUUUGAGGAAUGAAGAUUAUGAGCAGGCUGCAGCCCACAUUCAUCGUUACUUGUGCCUGGACAAGUCAGUCAUUGAGCUCAGCCGACAAGGCAAAGAAGGAAGCAUGAUUGAUGCCAACCUGAAAUUACUGCAGGAAGCUGAACAGCGUCUUAAAGCCAUAGUAGCAGAGAAGUUUGCUAUUGCUACCAAAGAAGGUGAUUUGCCCCAGGUGGAGCGAUUCUUCAAGAUCUUCCCACUGCUGGGUUUACAUGAGAGUGGACUAAGCAAGUUCUCAGAAUAUCUUUGCAAACAGGUAGCCAGUAAAGCUGAGGAGAAUCUGCUCUUGGUGCUGGGAUCAGACAUGAGUGACCGAAGGGCUGCAGUCAUCUUUGCAGAUAAUCUCACUCUCCUGUUUGAAGGGAUUGCCCGAAUUGUGGAAACCCACCAACCCAUAGUGGAGACUUAUUAUGGACCAGGGAGACUCUAUACCUUGAUCAAACAUCUUCAAGUAGAGUGUGACAGACAGGUGGAGACAGUGGUAAACAAGUUCAUCAAGCAGAGGGACUACCACCAGCAGUUCCGACUUGUCCAGAGUAACUUGAUGAGAAAUUCUGCGACAGAAAAAAUUGAACCAAGGGAGCUGGACCCUGUCCUGACUGAGGUUACCCUGAUGAAUGCUCGCAGUGAGCUGUACUUACGCUUCCUCAGGAAAAGGAUCAGCGCAGAUUUUGAAGUGGGGGACUCCAUGGCUUCAGAAGAUGUAAAGCAAGAGCACCAGAAGUGCCUGGACAAACUCCUCAAUAACUGCCUAUUGAGCUGUACCAUGCAGGAACUAAUUGGCUACUAUAUUACCAUGGAGGAGUACUUCAUGAGGGAGACUGUCAAUAAGGCUGUAGCUCUGGAUACCUAUGAGAAGGGUCAGUUGACAUCCAGCAUGGUGGAUGAUGUCUUCUACAUUGUUAAAAAGUGCAUUGGGCGGGCUCUGUCCAGCUCUAACAUCGACUGUCUCUGUGCCAUGAUCAACCUUGCCACCAGAGAGCUGGAAGCUGACUUCAGGGAUGUUCUAUGUAAUAAGCUGCGGAUGGGCUUCCCAGCCACCACCUUACAGGACAUCCAGCGUGGGGUGACAAGUGCCGUGAACAUCAUGCACAGCAGCCUCCAGCAAGGCAAGUUUGACACAAAAGGCAUCGAGAGCACUGAUGAAGCCAAGCUGUCCUUCCUGGUGACUCUGAAUAAUGUGGAAGUCUGCAGUGAAAACAUCUCAACUCUGAAGAAGACUCUGGAGAGUGACUGCACCAAACUCUUCAGUCAGGGCAUUGGAGGGGAACAGGCCCAGGCCAAGUUUGACAGCUGCCUUUCUGACUUAGCUGCGGUGUCCAACAAAUUCCGAGACCUCUUGCAGGAAGGGCUGACGGAGCUCAACAGUUCAGCAGUCAAGCCGCAGGUGCAACCUUGGAUCAACACUUUUCUCUCAGUCUCCCACAACAUCGAGGAGGAAGAAUUCAAUGACUAUGAGGCCAAUGACCCUUGGGUACAGCAGUUCAUCCUCAACCUGGAACAGCAGAUGGCAGAGUUCAAGGUCAGCCUGUCCCCAGUCAUCUACGACAGCCUGACGGGCCUCAUGACCAGCCUUGUUGCUGUUGAACUGGAAAAAGUGGUUCUGAAAUCCACCUUCAACAGACUAGGUGGUCUGCAGUUUGACAAGGAACUGAGGUCACUCAUUGCUUACCUUACCACUGUGACAACCUGGACCAUCCGAGACAAGUUUGCCCGGCUCUCCCAGAUGGCUACAAUCCUCAAUCUAGAGCGGGUGACUGAGAUACUAGAUUACUGGGGUGCCAACUCUGGCCCUUUGACAUGGCGCCUCACCCCUGCUGAAGUGAGACAGGUGCUGGCUCUACGCAUAGACUUCCGCAAUGAGGACAUCAAGAGGCUGCGCCUAUAGCUGCCAUGUGACCCACCAGACUUCAGGCCCUGUCUUCUAAGUAGCUACAGCCAAAGAGCUAUGCAAAGAUGUCUGGCUUAGGUAAGCCAGAGGUCCAGACUCAUGACAACCGGGAAGCAAGGAGUAGAGCCACUCCACAGUUCUGCCCAGUAGCAGUUAAGGCAGGAGGCAAGGGGAGAGGUGCUUUAGGACAGCCUUUCCCAACACAGAGAGGUAGGACAUGAAGCAGGCAGUACAUGGCCCAGCUAGCCUUCCCUCACACCACAGUAGACAUGAUGCCCCUGACAGCAUAGAGGGCUUGAAGGGACAUGACCUAAAGGCAAGGCUAUGAUGUUCACAAAUAAACAUCAGAAUAAAGACACUGCGUGGAGGCAUGCCUUUGUGUUGGGCACAGGAGGGCUAGAUGCUUGGAUAAGACCAUCCCACCACAGUCCUAAAACCUGAAGUCAGAUCCUCCAUACCUAGUACUAGACUUCAGCCCUCCCUUACGCUGUCAGCACAAGAAGCAGGAUCCAUCAAGGGGCAGCUUCCCAGGGUCAGGAGUGGGGAUUACCCUCAGCAAGAACCAGAGUUUUCUGAAGACAAACUUGAAAAUGAGAAUUUAUUCCAAGAAUGCCAAUGUUGAGACUCCACUGCCACCAG